AAGACCCCCAGAACGGGGUCCGCUCGCAUGGCUAGCCGAGCGAGGCAACUCCACGCUAUCUACAUGACCACUAGCUCCCAUGAUCCUGACAAGUGGGCCCACCUCGUCAGGGAGUACGCCUCCCAAUCCUUGCUCCGGGAAGCCGCCCUCGUCUACGCCAGGAACGUGCCCCGUCGGACGCACCACCAGCCCCUCCUCCCCAUCCUCCUCAAGGCCGCCGCUACCGCCUCCCCUGCCGAGCCCGGACUCGGCAAGUCCCUCCAUGCGGAGGCGCUCAAGUCCGCCUUCGCCCGCGACCUGCUCGUCGGCACCACGAUCGUGUCGAUGUACUGCAAGUGCGGCGCACUCGCCGACGCGCGCAGGGCGUUCGACGAAAUGCCGGACCGGAACGUCAUCAGUUACAACGCGCUUCUCGCCGGGUACGCCGCGGCGGGGGACAUGGACGGUGCCCUGGCGCUGUUCGGUGGCAUGCGCUCCUGGACGUACGUCACGUGGGCGACGCUGAUCCGUGGGUUCGCGAAGAAGGGCGACAUGGCGGAGGCUCGGAGGUGGUUCGAGACGACGCCGCCGGGGAUGCGGACCGUUGUCACGUGGACCGUGCUCGUGCACGGCUACGUGUCGGCGGGGGACAUGGAGGCUGCGAGGGAGGUGUUCGACAGGAUGCCCGCGAGGAACGCCUUUGUUUGGUCGUCGAUGGUCACGGGAUACUUCAAGGCUGGCAACGCUGAGGAGGCGCAGGCGGUGUUCCAUAGGAUCCCGACGCGUAACCUGGUGAACUGGAACGCGCUGAUCGCGGGGUACGCGCAAAUUGGGUGCAGUGAGAAGGCGCUGGAGGCUUUUGAUUCGAUGCUACAGGAGAGGGUAAAGCCGGAUGAAUUCACCAUGGCGAGCUUGCUGUCAGCAUGCGCGCAGCUCGGGUCGCUAGAGCAGGGGAAGAAAGUUCAUGACUUCAUUAACCGGGAGCAUAUCCGGAAGAACCACUUUGUGCUGAACGGUCUGAUCGACAUGUAUGCCAAGUGUGGUGACCUCGUGUACGCCCGGUACAUCUUUGAUGGCAUGAGAUGGAAGAACACCGAAUGCUGGAACACCAUGAUCUCCGCACUUGCAAGCCAUGGUCGGAGCGAUGAAGCGCUCCACCUGUUUUUCCAGAUGGAGCACUCUGGGCAGACGCCCAACACGAUCACUGUUCUUGCCGUGCUUGGAGCGUGCACGCACGGAGGGUUUGUUGAUGAAGGAUUACGAAUCUUCAACAAGCUCGAUGCUUAUGGAGUUGAAGCGGGAGUGGAACAUUACGGUUGUCUGGUCGAUCUAUUAGGCCGGGCUGGAAAACUGAAGGAAGCCUACGAGAUUGUCAAGAACAUGCCUGAGGAACCCAAUGAGGUGAUCUGGGGAUCGUUGCUUGGAGCUUGCAGAGUGCAUGGUGAUGCAGAAAUGUCAAGAUUGGUAACGGAUGAGAUCCAUCGAUUGCAUUCUGUUCACGCAUCGUCCAAUGAUGCAGAGUACAUCAUGCUGUCAAAUAUCAUGGCUGCUUCGAAGAGGUGGGAGCAGGCAGAGCAAAUAAGGAGGAAAAUGGCACGACAUGGGGUUGAGAAGACUCCUGCCUGCAGUUCGCUUGAGCUUGGCAUUCCUGAAUACCAAGUGUGUGCAGGCAGUAGGCAGUAGUGCUCUGAGCAGACUACAUUACUGUAAGUUUGUUUAAUAAUUUUGUUUCAUGUUUUUCAUCGGUCUGAUUUCAGUAGCUCACCCAGAGAAGAAAUGAUCUUGAUGUGAUGCGUUUGAUAUAAUUAGACAUCGACCAUUGCAUUCCUGUUCUAGAAUUUGUGAGCUGCAACCACUGAACUUCCAGGUGUUUGUGUUCAAAAAGUUUGAUUUCAGAAAAUGAACCCAUGGAAGUAAAAUAUUGAAGAAAUUAUUGUACUGUAGCCACUAUGUCACUAGGGAUACUUUUGCGCCUAAGUGGACGCAGGAAUUUGAAAGAUGAAACACAUUGGAUGCACGUAUGCACAAUCCAACUUAUAGGAAAUCUUAUAAAUCUAAUAAUCAAUAUGAUGCUUAUUGUCUUCCAUGUUA